AGGGCGUUCUGGGCCAACCAGGAGAGCCCUCUGUUCAAGGGCGGAGCUACGCCGAGUGAUUGACGAUGAGGCCCAACCAGGGAGAGGCGGGGCCAAGGCCAGGGCCUGACUAAACCUGGAGACUCGGUGGCUGAGGGGCUUCAACCCAGUUGAGGAGCGAAGAACCGCCAGCGGCCGCGGAUCUCACAGCCGCUCGGGGACCUUGUUGGUAAUCUGAGGAUUUUUAUUCGAGGUCUCUCUGACAGAUGGAAAACCUGAAGUAACCUCAGGCUAGCUAACCUUGUGUUUUUGGAAAAUUAGCCUUGCUGGUGAAGUAACUGGGAGUAAUCGACUAUUAUUAGCUCACUUUGCGUAGCCGUUCAUACAGUGUUGCAGCCGAAUUCGCACACAGUGAUAACUAAACAGUAAGUAUUAUAGAAGUAUAGUAAACCUGGAGAACAUUCAACAACAACAAAGGCAUUAUUUGAAGGACAAGAACAAAAAUAGUGAAGUUACUGUCAGUUGAAGACCUGAUUCCACAACCAGGUGGUGUUUGACACAGUAAAGGAAACUGAUCGGGUACUGCAAGAGAAUUAACAAGAGGAAAAACACAUCUUUCUUUUGUCCCUGAAACCUUGGCUUGGUAAACAUUUUCUACAAAAACUGGUUUUUAGAACUUCAGCUAUAAAAAUGGGCAGAAUUUUCCUUGAUCAUAUUGGUGGUACACGUCUGUUUUCUUGUGCAAACUGCGAUACAAUCCUGACCAACCGCUCAGAACUCAUCUCUACUCGGUUCACAGGCGCCACUGGCAGAGCAUUUCUUUUUAACAAGGUAGUUAACCUGCAGUACAGCGAAGUUCAAGACCGGGUCAUGCUCACUGGCCGCCACAUGGUUCGCGACGUGAGCUGCAAGAACUGCAAUAGCAAACUGGGCUGGAUCUAUGAGUUUGCCACCGAAGACAGCCAGCGCUAUAAGGAAGGCCGCGUGAUCCUGGAGCGCGCCCUGGUGCGAGAGAGCGAGGGCUUCGAGGAGCACGUGCCGUCCGAUAACUCCUGAAGAAAGAAGCUAACUCCAUCUCUUCCCAGGUCUCCUUCACUGAAAACAAAAAUCUCCUUACAUACACUGUCACCUUAGCAUCAGGGUCGGAUUCGUGAACUGCGGAACAAGAGGUUGUGAGAAUCUAAGAUGGAAACUUUCUUUCUUUCUUUCUUUUUUUGUUUUUGUUUUUUGUUGUUUUUUAAAUUUCAAUUUUCCAUCCAGCAGCAGUGUGUAGAGAGAAUAUUAUGCAGAUGCUGUUAAUUUUUUUUUUCCCUGUGUUUACAUCUUGAGGCAGAAUAGUCUGUCUGCAGCUACACGAUGGGCUAUGUGAGGGGAAAAGUCUGGGCUAUUAGAGUGAAAAAGUGUGUUGUAUGUAAAUUUUGAAAGGACAAUGUGUCAAGAGCAUGGUUUUUAAACUCAUUUGGGCUUCAUUUAAAAAAAUUUUUUUAAACCCAGUUAUUUCACUUGAUUUGCUAGCUUCAGGGAAGAGAUCCGAAGUUGUGACCAGCGCUAAAGGUUCAGUGUUAGUAUGGCUUGUGCUGGCCCCCGUGCCAUAUUCUUGUUGGAGAUGAACCGUAGCACCAGAGCCCACCUGUCCUUGUCAGUCUUGACCCAAAGAUGUCACCAGUCCUAGUUAUUUGUCACCACGUAAUUGGUGUUGAUUGGAAACUUUUCCUGAAAUGGGGCAGAACUGCUUGGUUGUCUUUUCCAUGUAACUUAAGCAUAGUAAUAUAAAUAAAGUGAUAGUUGGAUGUUUUUGGUCCUGUGUUGCUUUUAAAAACACCUUUUUAAAAGAGCAGAGUAUUUAAUAAGUAAUUUUCCUGGUAACGUGUUUUUUUUUUUAAUCUCUUAAGCUAAAUUGACUGUGUAGAGAUUACUUUGUUGAAAGCAUACUGUUGAAACUCCUAGGACUGCAUUUAGAAAAGAGUUGAACAGAAUGCCAGUGUGCAUCCAUGCAGAAAGCAUUUCAUCUGCAUCUGUUUUCAAAGAAGGGGGGAAAUGAAGGAGCCUAUCUAAAAUUAGUGCUUUGCAAAGUGUUUUCAGCCUAUCCUCAUUUUUGUGUUGAUUUUGACAAAUCUGUAGAACCUAAUAGUUUCAUCAAAGCACUAGAUCUUUGUCAUUAGCAUUAUUUUCUCAGAUCUACCCUCAGAAGUUCAGCUAUUGAAAUUUAAACUGUACUUGGUCCCUUCAAGCAGAAAGGGAUCAAAUGUGACUCAGGGUGUUAUUUUAGCCCCAAAUUUACAACAUUACGAAGUAUUAAAAUACAAAUGUUUCUUUAUCCAAAUGAUUUCUAGAUAUUCUAGUAUUUGUUUCUGGUGGAAUAAAUGACAUUAAAAUUGGCUAAUUAUUUAAAUGUGUGAAUGGGUGUUUGCGUGCUCAAUCUCUAGGUCUUUGUCUAGAAAGGAUAUUUGACUCAAUUAGCAAAAUCUUUCUGUCAUUGAUACUAGAAGUGACUUCUGAGUACAGUUAUGAUUAAGUUUCUCUUCUUUGCCUUCGGGCUCUUGGUUAGAGGAGGCAUAGUUCUCUGAUGAAGUAGGUGUAUAAUACUGCAUUUGAGAGAAGUGGGCACAAAUGGUCUUUCCUUCACCGUGGAAUAAAUCUUCAAACUUUAAGAACCAGCUUUCCUUCCCAUCCAUUUCCUCCAUACUGGCCUUGGAUUAUAUGCACACCCCUGCUAGCCUGCCUUACCUUCAGGGCUAUGUGCAUCUGCUGUCACAAUAAAGUAUAUUUUGUCUUGCA